GCAAAUUAGCACUGCUUGGUUCAGGAGUAGAGAAACAGGGGGAAAACAGGGGAAUGAAAGGAAAAUUCUACCGAGAAGGGCUCAAGACGUCUGUAAAUAAAAAAGAGCCUGUUUUCCUACAAAGAAAUUAAGAGAAUUUCCGAAAUACUUAGAGACGCAACCUUACCGCUUUGCUUCGGUGGAAUCUCAAAGUUAUUAUGCAUCUUGCAAUACCGUUACUCCUCCUGUUGGAAGCAAUUAAUGCUCAGUUUCCAAGACAAUGCGCUACAGUGGAUGUGCUGAUCCAAGGUGAAUGUUGCCCGGACCUGUCUCCCGGAGUGAUUCCUGGUUCAGAUCGCUGUGGCUCAUCUUCUGGAAGAGGGCAAUGCGUACAAGUGAUAGCAGAUUCCCGACCCCAUGGACCUCAAUAUAUGCACGAUGGUCAAGAUGACCGAGAGCAGUGGCCUCUUCGUUUCUUCAAUCGAACUUGUCGGUGCAACCGUAAUUUUUAUGGUUACAACUGUGGCUCAUGUCAACCUGGCUGGACUGGCCCCACCUGUGACCAGAAGAUUACUAUAGUUAGACGAAAUCUUCUGGAUUUUAGUAGUGAAGAAAAGACAGAGUUUCUAAGAGUCUUACAGCAAGCCAAAACUACAAUACACCCUGACUUUAUGAUUGCAACCAGGAGACGUGAGGAGAUCUUGGGUCCUGAUGGCAACACUCCACAAUUUGAAAAUGUGUCCAUUUAUAACUAUUUUGUGUGGUCUCAUUAUUACUCUGUCAGAAAAACUUAUCUUGGGCCUGGACAGAGAAGUUUUGCUGGAGUAGAUUUCUCCCAUGAAGGACCAGCAUUUCUCACCUGGCACAGGUAUCACCUACUACAACUGGAGAGAGAUAUUCAGGAUAUGCUACAGGAUCCUUUUUUUGCCCUCCCUUAUUGGAACUUUGCCACAGGUAGAAACAGCUGUGACAUCUGUACAGAUGAUCUCAUGGGAUCCAGAAGCAGCUUUGAUGACUCUCUCCUCAGCCCCAACUCAAUCUUCUCACAGUGGCGCAUCUUGUGUGAGGCUAUUGAAGACUACGACACACUGGGAACCAUUUGCAACAGCACAGAAGGUGGUCCAAUUAGACGCAAUCCAGCCGGAAACGUCGCCCGUCCCAUGGUGCAGCGCCUUCCAGAGCCUGAGGAUGUUGCUCUUUGCUUAGAAGUCGGAUUAUUUGACACGCCUCCAUUCUACUCCAAUUCAGCAGACAGUUUCCGUAACACAGUAGAAGGCUACAGCAAUCCUUCAGGAAAGUAUGAUCCGGCAGUGCGAAGCCUUCACAAUCUGGCUCAUCUGUUUUUGAAUGGAACUGGAGGGCAAACUCAUUUAUCCCCCAAUGAUCCCAUUUUCGUCCUCCUCCACACGUUUACAGAUGCUGUUUUUGAUGAAUGGCUGAGAAGGCAUAACCCUGAUAACUCAACAUACCCAUUAGAAAAUGCUCCCAUUGGACACAACAGACAGUACAAUAUGGUACCAUUUUGGCCUCCUGUAACCAAUGAUGAGAUGUUUGUUACAGCACCAGAAAACCUGGGCUACAGUUAUGAAGUUCAGUGGCCAUCUCCAGCUCUCCAUGUGACUGAAAUCAUAACAAUUGCAAUAGUUGCUGCUUUGAUCCUGGUUGCAAUUAUAUUCGCUGCAGCCUCUUGUAUUGUGUAUUCCAAGAGACAGGAGGAACACCAGCCACUUCUCACCGAUCACCAUCUGACCUAUUCAGAUGAUUAUGACAGCAUUCCAACCCCAAGGCAGUCAAAUGUGUGAAGAUAAGGGACUUAUCUGCAUUUGGUGGCAUCUAUUGUGUCUGAUUCAUGCUUGCAGGAAAGCCCAUUUCAGAGUGAGAAAAAAAAUCUUCCUUUAUCUAAUAUUUAUCUCCAAUCCAUAUUCUUUCUUAGACUGGUUCAACAUUUCUGCUGAUUUCACCCACUUCGCUCCUGUUCUAUCUACAGUAUGUUCACAAUAUAAAAGACUAACAAUGAAUAUUUUACAGAAGUUAAAGUAAUUACUAAGUAUGUAUUAACUGCUUUUAUAUGGAAGAUGGUACAAAAAUUAACUUUAUGCUAAUCUUGUUCUGAGAGCCAGUUUGAUGUAGUGGUGAAAGCAUCUGGCUAGAAACCAGGAGAUUAUCAGUUCUAAUCCCAAAUUAGGCAUUAAGUUAGCUGGGUGACCUUGGGCCAGUCACUCUCUCUUAGCCCUAGAAAAAAGGCAAUGGCAAACCACUUCCCAAAACCUUGCCAAGAAAACUUCAGAGACUUGUCCAGGCAGUCUCUGAAUUGGACACAAUUGAACAGAAGGAAAAAAAAUCUUGUAGUAAGAUGUCACAAAACACUACUAGCACCAAGGAAAAAGUUAUCCUGUUUUUUAGGAAUCAGUCACCAGCUAGAUUGUCUCUGUACACCUCAGUAGCAAGCUAAUUCUAGUAUCUCAGCAGCCUAUAGCAAUGUGUUUUUCUGUAACUAAGUUUAUAUUGAGGCAUGCCCAAAUAAGACUCUGGACAUUGUCUGGAAAAUUCCCUCAAACAGAUAUUAAUAACUCCUGAAUCCCAAAGGUCCAUCCAUAUCAAUCCAUCCAUCCAGGUUGGACAUUUGUCCAAUCCACUGAUUAUAUCAGAGAAGAUCUUCUCAACCUCCUCAGGCUGAACAAGAUCCCUUUGCAAGAAGUUACCUCACUAAUCAUGCUAGAUCACAUCCAACUGGCAUUCAAUCCAACCAAACACAGAUGACUAAAUCUGAAAAGGAACUUGCAGACAUUAUUUUAGCAGUCUGCUAGAACAGGGGUCCCCAACCUGUUCUAAAUUGGGCCAUGCGACAAUGGGUAAGGAUGCACGCAUGAAGCUCCACUCAUGUGAGCAGCAGGCCCUUGCGCUCGCAUGCAAAGUUCCACUUUUAUGAAUGGAGCUUCUCGCACAAGCACUCUACACUCGUGCGAGUGGAACUUCGCGCAUGAACACAAGUGCCCUCUGCUCAAGCACCUUUGACUCACACACAAAGCUCCAUUAACAGCUGUCACUUACACACACAAACCACUCUGGGCUGGGCCACCAAGCUGGAAAGAUUGGUGAUCACUGUGCUAGAGUAUGUCUUGCCUUUCCUUCCAUAACAGGUGUAAGUAAUUCUGAGCAGGACCGUUGGACAGUUAUCUACAUAUGCAAUAAGAAUGAAGAACUAUUCAUGUUUUGCCUUUCUUAUCAUCACAGUGGAGGCCCAAAUCUGGGCAUUUAUCUGUAUUCAGUCAUAAUCAGUCCAUGAUUUCUUUGCCAAUAUUGCUCCAGGCAUAUCUAUAGUAGCUUUAUUUUCCAAAUUGCCUCAGUAAAGGAAAGACACCCUCGCCUCAAGGAUAAGCAACUGUAGAGAGGCACAUGGGAGGAAUUUUGUCCAAUGCCCUAUUUUUUUCUACACAUGUAAUCAUUGAUUUAAGAACAGUGGGAUUCAGCCAGUUUGCACCACUUCGGGAGAACCGGUUGUUAACUUUCUGAGCAGUCUGGCAAACUGGUUGUUGGAAGAAAUCAUUAGGGCAGAGAACCGGUUGUUAAAUUACUUGAAUCCCACCACUGCUUAAGACCAUUUAUUUAAUACCAUUCAAAGUGAUGAUGACACUGAAAAAAGCGACUCAUGACCAUUUCUCCCACUUGCAACCACUGCAUUGUCCCCAAAGUCACAUCACCAAAAUUCAGGCACUUGGCAACUGGCAUGUAUUUAUGACUGUUGCAGUGUUCUGGGGUCAUAUGAUUGCCAUUUGUGACCUCCCAAAGACACUUCUGACAAAAAUUGGGGAACCAGAGAAGCCAAAUUAGUUUAAUGAUUGUGUGAUUCAAUUAAUUACCAUGAUAAUUUGCUUAAAUUUGCUGUGACAAAAGUAUUGUAAAAUGGAGCAAAGCUCAUUCAAUAUUCAUAUCACUAAGCACUGGAAGUUCUGAUCCUAACUGUGGUGAUAAGUUGAAGACUACCUGUAUUCCAACGAUUGCCCAGAUGUAUGAUGAAACUGCCUAUAAAAUCACUGGGGAAAAAAAAUCCCCAAAUGCAUUCAGAAAGCCUCCAGGGUCCAUCAAAUAUCUGGCUUUGUAUCAUCCUAACCAGUCACCCAUCCUCCCAGACAUAAAGAGCAUCAGCACCUUACAACUUGACGAGAAAAUAUGUUCACUGCAGCACAAGAUUGAUAAAAAAAAUAUCAUCCAUCUUCAGAUCUUCCACAUUUACUCUGAUCUAACACACACCUGCUUGUGUGAACUGGGAUUAAGAUCAACUGGAAUAAACCCAUAGUUGUAAAAGAGUUAAAAAUUCCCAAAUCCCUCUGAGUAGCACUCCCAGAGCAAGGGAGGUGUUUUGCAGGGGGGUUUGUUUUGUUGUAUAUUCAGAUAAUCUGUGCCUUUUAAGAGGGAAAAAAAAUCAUUAAAUCAAGUACGUUCUUAAACUGCAGUAUGAACCAUUAUGUUGGCUGUUGAGAAAAAAAGAGAACAUCCAUAGCGUUUGCAUGUGUGGUACUUGUUCCUUUGCUUCAAUUUCAUUUUUCCUUUAGGAAUUCAGGGUAGUAGAUACUAUAUUUCAGGGGUGAAAUGCUCCCGGUUCGGACCGGCUCGGGCAAGUAGGUAGCGAUGGCGGCGGGCAAUUCAGAGAACCGGUAGCAAAAAUCCCUGCCCCCACCCCUCAUGCCCAGCUGAGCUGCACGAUCAUCAGAAGCUUUUUUUCUUUUAAAUGCCUCUGACGAGCCAAGCUCUGACGAGCCAAGCUCUGACAAUCCCAGCUGAGUGGGAUUGUCGAUCAGGCAACUCAGCUGGGAUCGUCAGAGCCAUUUAAAAGAAAAAAAGUUUUUUCUUUUACAUGGCUCUGAUGAUCCAAGCUCUGACGAUCCCAGCUGAGUGAUCAGGCAACUCAGCUGGGAUCGUCAGAGCCUUUUGAAAGCAUUUUUUAACAUGGUUUUACAUGUAAAAAAUGGUUUUAAAAGAAAAAAAAUUGGCCACGCCCACCCAGUCACAUUACCCACCACCACCAAGCCACGCCCACAGAACUGGUAGUAACAAAUUUUAGAUUUCACCACUGCUCUAUUUCCUCUUCCCCUUUCCCCCCAUAACAACAACUCUUUGAGAUAGUUGAACUGAGGGAGAGAGGGAGAGAGAGAGGGGGAGAGAGAGAGAGAGGGGGGGGCCCAAAAUCCUCUGAGGGUUUCAAUGGCUAGAAUGGAUUACUGCCUCAGUCUCCCCAGGUCUAGGCUAAGUCUUUAAAUAUUUUUGAUAACCCUACUUCAAGAUCAUUUAAUUUUGUUCUGAUAUCAGUACAUCAGAGAUCAAAGCUCUUUAUUAUUAACUCUAUAACAUUUGAUCUGCCCAGCUAAGAGGAAUUUGAGUGGGUUAGCAGCACAGAAAAUCAUGUGCUCAUUAAAUACAGCUCUGGUGGGCAGAAUUCUUGGCCUUCAUUAGUUAUGUUGGCUGAACUGUAGAACUAAAUUGUUAUGUCAAGUUUAUGCACAGCUGAUAUAAUUUUCCAGUUUUAUGGGGAAGGGAGUCGUCCCCUCUUCCUGGGUAUGGAUUUAAUUAUAUUAUUGUGAUCACAUUCCACAACUAGUCUAUGCUGAAAUGAAUAAACUCCACUAGGUUCAGUUUAGUUGGGAUUAGCAUGGAUCAGCACAGGGCAGAACAAUAAGAAAAUAGUUCUUGGAUUAAAAUUGAGCUUAAAGAUGAUAAUAUUUGCAUCGUUCUUAAAUAAAUGGUGUGAGAUGCUAAAGUUUAUACUUGACCCAAAGGGGUUGAGAAGCUCAAUGAUAUUUAUAAUUCAAAGAAAACGGGGCUUGCAUUGUAUAUGUACUGUCAAAAUGUUACACUUCUUAUGAUCAAAUAAAGGGCACAGGUGGGGAAAAUAGAUCAUAGAAAAUAUAUCAGAAAGUAUAAAUAUGUAUAUGAGGAACAGCUCUGACUAUGGCAUUGGCCAAGCAGCAUUAUAGCUGAUAUUAUUUGGGGAUCUCACAAGUAGUGAUAUUUCUUAGAAGCAUACACUGACUAAUUCCUUUAAACACAAGUCACAUACUUUCUCUUUUGCCAUUGUGAUGGCAACUGAGUACAAGUGAGCAGAUAGGAUCUACAGAGUUGAUUUAGCCCUGGGACUACAAGCUGCUAAGCCAAAGAAUGAACAAUAUUUAUCAGUUGUUUAAGUGCUCUAGGUUUCCUACAAGGAACAGGUUAGCUGGCAAUAAAAGCAGGUUUUUUUUUUUAAAUAGCUGCAGAAAUAAGAGGUUGGCAGAUAUAGCUAGAAAAAGCAACAUAAUUUUUGGAAUGGUUAUCUGAGGGACACUCUCUCCCCUAUUAUAUGUUUGUCCCACCAGAUCCAGCAGAGAGAGCAUGUUAGUGGUUCCAUUGGCUAGGGAGCUACAUUUGAUGGGCUGUAGCCAAUAGGCCUUUUCUGCUGUGACUCCUUUGUUAUGGACUAUCCUCCCCACUGAAUUGAGGCUGGGCUUCAUCAUUUUUGACUUUCUGAAAAUUUCUCAAGACCUGCUUAUGCCAUCAGGCUUUGGGAUCCCAGGGGACUAGUGAAUUAUUGAGGUGGCUCUGAUAUUAUUAAUGUCCCUUCAACCAAUUUUCCUCUUUUUAGCUUUGUUUUUAUAUGUUUGCAAUAAUAACAACAACAACAAUAAUAAUAAUCAUUUGAUGUUUAGUAACUAAUGUUUUUUAGCUUUGUUGUACACCAUCCAGAGUUACGUGCUUUGUAAAAUGGAUGGCUAUAUAAAUUUGACAAUAAAUUUGACAAUAAAUAAAUUGCAACCAUA